AUGAGCAGCCGGGUCCUGGUCCUGCUCACCUUUCUGGCGCUGUCAGCCUGCCAGGGCCACACGGCCGCUCUGCUGCAGACCUCCACGCUUCUGAAGGAGAGCAUCAGGCUGCUGAGCGACCCGGAGAUGCAGGUUUCCUGUGGCAAGAUGAACGUGACAAAUAUUUUUGCAGGCAAUAAGAAAGUCGACGACAUGGAGAUCUUAUGCAAAGCCACCACAGUCACCUUGGAGGCCCAGAGCUGCCACAAGCACCUGAAGGGCAUUUACAUCAACUUGAUCAAGCUGGUCCAAAUGAAGAGCACGGUCCACAAGGCACUGUGUCCCGUAGCAGCAGGCAACACUACUUCACUGCGUGAUUUCCUAGAGGACUUAAAGAGAGUCCUCCAACAAUUAGUAAAAGACUAUAUAUAGCGUUUGAGGUGAAAAAACACAGUUU